AUGGUUGAUACUUAUUAUCAAAAAGGGUUUAAAUUAGUUUGUUUAACUGAACAUAUGCCUCGAUUAAAUAAUAGAUUUUUAUAUCCAGAAGAAAUUGAGAAAUCAUAUACUAUAACCAAUUUGAACCAGGAUUUUGAAAAUUACUUGAAUCAUGCUAAGGAACUACAAAAGAAAUAUGAAGGAAAGAUGAGAAUUGUUAUUGGAUUUGAAGUUGAAGCAAUAAAUAAAGAACAUAUACAAUUUGCAAAAGAAUUGGCCUCAAAAUUUGAAUUAAUGAUUGGUUCAAUACAUUUUGUUAAAGAAAUACCAAUCGAUUUUGAUAAAGAAUCAUGGAAUAAAGCGAGAGAUUCGUUAGGUUCUCAAAGAUUACUAUUUAAAGAAUACUUUAAAUUACAACAACAGUUAAUCAUUGAAUUAAAACCAAAAGUUAUUGGACAUUUUGAUUUAAUUAGAUUAUUUCAAGAUGAAGAUGUUGAUUUAAAGACCUGGCCAGAAGUAUGGGAAAUUAUUAUACAAAAUAUAAAAUUAGUUAUUGAUUAUGACGGUUUUUUCGAAUUAAAUUCAUCAGCUAUUAGGAAAGGUUGGUCAACGCCUUAUCCUAAAAGCGAUAUAG